AAGCAAGGGCUCAUGGUCUAACUACUAAGGUGCUAACAAGGUCCCAUAGUGGGAUGAGGACUGGAGGGGUGCUGAGGCUGUGGUGGCUGAAUCAGGACGAAGACAAGGGUCGUGCUAUGCCCAGGGGGAGUAUUGGAUAGAGAAAUGUGGUUGGCUGGGAUAAUCCAGAUGCAGAGUGGGGCGAAAGAAGCUUGACAGCAGUGGAACACCCUCCUUGUCCCAGUUCAGCCCACGUGGGCCCAGGAUUUGUCCACAGGAGGGCUGCUGUGCCAUCCUCCCUCUCCCCAUCCUGCACCCUCAGGUUGUGGUGCUUCAACACCAGAGGCUGUGGGAAAAUGAGAGUCUUUCCUUGACAAAGAGUGGGCUGAGUGAUCUGGGCUCAUUUCACCUGGCACGGCUGAAGGCUGGAACAGAGUUAUGGUCCACGAAAGCACACGGUGGGUGGGAACACUCAGGAGGAGAAAGUAAUUUAUUUUUCAGGACAGCAUGUGUGGGCACAAGGAAAAUGGGAAUAAGCUCACAUGACUGCAUCUCCUCAGGGCCCCUCAUAAACCCAGACCUGUGAGGUCACCCACUUCUAAGCAAUAAACUGCCACUAAGGUAUUGAUUAGCAGAGGCUCGCAUGAUGCUGCAGCUUGUUGGUCCACCAUGAGGAGACCUCUCACCUCCUGCAGCCUUAGGAAUGGGUGGCAGGAGCAGUGAGUCUUGCUGCCCAUGGCCUUUUCUUGCUAUACUUGGUCCAUCUUAGGGCCCGUGUCUUUGCCAGGAGAGCAGGCAGAUGGGUGGCAUCUACGAUGCAGUGACCUGAAGUCGUGGUGAUGGAAGAGGCUCCUGGGCUCCUGAGAGUUUACUCUUGGCUAGUUGUGGCCAGGGGCAGGAGCCCUCAGCAUUGCACAGUUGAACAGCUAGAGGACUUUUAGGUUGCCUUACAGCAAUAGAGUGUGGUGGGUAAAAUCAACAUUUAUGCAAAUUAAUAUUUAUGUAUGACACUUUGUCCACUAGAGAAGGGGUAGGAGGGAUUUUAAGGGUUGCCUGUGCUACUCAAGAUCUGGGUGGAGAACUGGAUGGGGAAGGAAUGAGAGGAAUAAGCCCAAUUUGUAGUGGCAAAGGAGAAUUUGUUAAAGCCUCCCAGAGUGAGGACAAUGUGACAGAGCACAGGAAGGACAGGGAUCUGUCAGAGCAAGUCCAGAGGAGGGCAUAGAGAUGAUCUGAGGGCUGGAGCACCUCCCAUAUGAGGACAGGAAGACAGAGUUGGGGUUGUUCAGCCUGGAGAAGAGAAGUCUUCAUGGAGACCUUAGAGCAGCUUCCAGUGCUGAAAAGGGAUCCAGGAAGGUUGAGGGUGGACUCUUGAUCAGGGAGUGCAGGGAUGGGACAAGGGCCAUCCCUGGAGGUGAUCAAGGCCAAGUUGGAUGGGCUUUGAGGUACCUUCUGACCCAAACCAUUCUAUGAUUCUGUGAUGAGGGAGAGUGGGACCCCAUGGCUGGAGAUCUCAGAUGGCUUAGCUCUCCCUUUUUUCAGAAGGAGGGAGAGACAGCUGGCCUGGGGCAGGAGGUUGGGCUGUGAGGUCUCUCGGGGUUUCUUUUCCACCAUCUCCUCAGUGCUGUGAUCAUGGUGUGGGUGUCAGCACCCCUCUCCCCUUCCAUAUGCUGGUGUGGGAAGGGUCCUGAUCUUGCCAAGCCCCACUUCCACCCCUCUGCCCUCCCAUUGCCACGGCUCAUCACACUAGAACAGCUUCAGAAAGGAUGCUGAGGGAAAUCGGGGCUGGUUUGCAUGUGAGUGAGGUUAUUCACCCCAGGGAGGGCAGCAGCUUGCCAGUGCCGGCUUCCCUGAGCAGAAUUCCUGUUUGCUCCCUGCUACAGCUGCCAGCGUUUCCCUGAGCUCCCCUCUACCCCUUCAUCCUCUGAAACCGCUUCAGAGAGAUUAUUUUCCGGGGUCGGGACAGGCGGGAGCUCUGCCUGGCAGAGAGCGGCAAGCUGCCGCCACAGCCACAACCAGCUUGGCUCCUUCCCGAGGAAGGAAGGCAGGCGGGAGCCGCGGGGACCGGAGGAUGCUCGCUGCGGUCCCCAGCUGCAGGGAUGCGGGGUUGCUAGGAGGCAGGUGAAGGUGAAGAGGAGAGCGCUGCGGAGGACCGCAGGCCCAGAUCCGCAUGUCAGACCAGAACAGCACCGACGAUGGGGAGACAGACCCCCAGCACAGCCUGUCUAUGGUCUUCCUCCUUGUCCUUGUCUUCUUCAUCAUGGGACUGGUGGGUUUCUUGAUUUGCCAUGUCCUGAAGAAGAAGGGUUACCGGUGCCGGACUUUCCGGGACGAUCUCGACCCAGAUAACAAAGACGUGCUGGCGGAGCUCCAGGCCAAUGAAGAGGAAGAGGUGAAUGAGGACACUGUGGAGAAGAUUGUGAGAUGCAUCAUCCAAAACGAAGCAAACGCGGAGGCCCUCAAGGAGAUGCUGGGGGACAAUGACGGGGACGUGCCAGUGCCAGUGCCCAGCCUUUGCCCUCACCGUAACAGCCAGGAUGGGGGCCCACCACACCACCACACGGUGCAUCUGGGCUCCACGCAGGCCCCCUGCAUCCACUGCAGCAAGAGGAAGAGGCACCCACUGCAUCGGCAAGGGCGGUCCAAGGAGGGCAAAGGCAGGAUGCAUCCUGGAGAGACCACUGUCUUCUCGGUGGGCAGGUUUCGUGUCACACACAUCGGAAAGAAACCCACUUUCCAUGAGCAACAGGAUGGGCCCCUGCCUGAUGGCAGCCGGGAGCUGAGCACGGAGGAGCUGGAGCACAGCAGCAACCGGCUCCAGCGGGAGCGCAACGGGACUGUCCCCAUGGGUGGCCUGCAGAACGGAGACGUCCAGAAGGGUGCCCAGAGCAGCAAGGCUGGGGAGCAAAGCCACUCCACCACUCCAGCCCCGAACACACCAGCCAGCUCUGGCACUCGUGACAGCCGACGGGCGGGCAAGGGGUGCGGCACAGCGGGCUCACUGCAGGAUGCUGGCACUGCUCCUGGGAGCACGAGCCGCCAGCGGAAGCUCCUGAGCUACCGGGUUCUGGGAGGGUCGAGUCCCAGCAUCCCAGGAGAGCUGGUGCAGGAAGGAGUCAGCAUCUGCCUGGAGGAAACCGGACUCGGGUCAGCAGAUGAAGUGUCAGAUAUUCAUGGGAGCCUGAGUCUACAUGAACAGCCGGAUGAGUUGGGAAGAGAAGAAAGCAGCAGAAGACAGCCUGGAGCAGAGGACAUGGGGCAGCAGGAGCCGCGCGCUGUGGUGCAAGACCGAGGAGCAACCGUGUGAUAUCCUCUCCGCUCCCAGCUGGAGCGUGGAUGGGUGACGCGCAGCCCCCGGCCCCGACGCUGGACUGGGGAGCUCUGCUCCGAGGGGACGGUGGGGCAGCCGGCCCCGGGUGGGCAGCUACGCGCUUGGCAUGGCCAGAGCGACGCGCCGACGUUCCCGACAACCGCGUUCGGUGCCAGACCUCAUCCCAUUGGCAAUAGGUACCUGACACCCACCCACCGCACCCGCCCUGGACACCCCCCUGGACACCCCACUGGACAAUGUGGGGCUGGGCAGGGCCAGGACAGCCCCCCCAGUCCCUGCUGCCCACCCGGUCCCUGCAGCCCCCUCAGUGCUAGGGGAAAGAUGCGUGCGAUGGGGCUGCAACAAGGGGCAGGGAUGGAGGCAGCAGCUCGACCCCCAAGCUGGGGUGGGGGGCAGCCCCCACCCAGCACCUUCACUGCAGAGCACAGCCCCCUCCGGGGGCACCCCCGCCACACACAGCGGUCACAGGCACAAAUCCUGCACUGGUGAGGUCCCCAGGAGAUGCCGGCGGUGAAAGAUCACAGGAGGGGCUGGAGCCGAGUGCUGGGGGCAGGAUUGGACCCUGCAGGCCAGCGGGCAGCCCCCCCCCGGCGAGCUUUGGUGUGGAACCCCACUGUACAUAGAUGAGCUAAAACCAUUAAAGCU